GUUGGUAUAUAACAGCUGACUGGGGGAGCGGCCGCCAUUCCGUCCUAGUCAGCUGAGUGAUAGUGUUAGUGUCAGUGCCUUCUUUAUAUCAGUGACAUACAUAUCAAAAUGUGUGACGACGAUGUGGCAGCUCUGGUUGUGGACAAUGGGUCCGGAAUGUGCAAGGCAGGGUUUGCUGGCGAUGACGCCCCUCGAGCCGUCUUUCCCUCUAUUGUGGGCAGGCCCAGAUACCAGGGUAUCAUGGUAGGCAUGGGGCAGAAGGACAGUUAUGUGGGAGACGAGGCUCAGUCCAAACGAGGUAUCCUGACAGUCAAAUACCCCAUUGAACACGGAAUUGUGACUAACUGGGAUGACAUGGAGAAGAUCUGGCACCACACAUUCUACAACGAGUUAAGAGUUGCCCCCGAGGAACACCCUGUACUGCUCACAGAAGCUCCCCUCAACCCCAAGGCCAACAGGGAGAAAAUGACUCAGAUCAUGUUUGAGACAUUCAAUACCCCAGCAAUGUACGUUGCUAUCCAAGCUGUCCUCUCUCUAUAUGCCUCUGGUAGAACCACUGGUAUAGUGCUGGACUCUGGUGACGGAGUCUCUCAUACAGUUCCUAUUUACGAAGGUUAUGCUCUUCCCCACGCUAUCCUGCGUCUGGACUUGGCUGGCCGAGACCUCACCGACUACUUGAUGAAGAUCCUGACAGAGCGAGGCUACAGCUUCACCACUACAGCUGAGCGAGAAAUUGUCAGAGACAUCAAAGAGAAGCUUUGCUACGUUGCCCUGGACUUUGAGCAGGAGAUGGCUACUGCUGCCUCCUCUAGCUCGCUUGAGAAAUCCUAUGAGCUUCCUGAUGGCCAGGUUAUUACAAUCGGCAACGAGCGAUUCCGUUGUCCGGAGGCUAUGUUCCAGCCUUCCUUCCUCGGCAUGGAGUCCUGUGGAAUCCAUGAGACCACCUACAACUCCAUCAUGAAGUGCGAUGUGGACAUCAGGAAGGACUUGUACGCCAACUCUGUGCUCUCAGGAGGUACUACCAUGUACCCUGGCAUUGCUGACAGGAUGCAGAAGGAAAUCACAGCUUUGGCUCCUUCCACGAUGAAAAUCAAGAUCAUUGCUCCUCCAGAGAGGAAGUACUCCGUCUGGAUCGGAGGAUCCAUCCUGGCCUCCCUCUCCACCUUCCAGCAAAUGUGGAUCUCCAAGCAGGAGUACGACGAGUCAGGCCCAUCCAUCGUCCACAGGAAAUGCUUCUAGACGUCACCAAAACGGAACUUCUGUGUUUACCACGCUUUACCAUGUAUUUACGUGUACAUCUUUGCCCCUUUUGGGUUCGUUUACUUUUAUUUAUUGCGCAAACUCUUACAACUCCUAUGAACUUAUCGGUUCUUCUCUAAGACUUGUAGGAUAGUUUUGUUAUUUAUUCAUCUAUUUAUUAUAUUUAGUCUAUGAUUUGUACUUUAAGUCUUGUACAGUUCAGACGUUUUGCAUGAUAUACUGUUUAAACGUCUGUCUUACUCUAUGAAAUUAAAUAUUGUUGAAAUACAAAAAAAUGUUGAUUUA